GAUCCGUAAAGACAAUAAAUAUAUUUAUUUACUCAACUCCGCCAUCCUCCUCCCCGUUAUACACACACAACCCAGCUCAUCCUCGACUGCAGCACAUGCCCGAGUCCCGGUCAAGGACUGAAUAACAGAAAGGAAUAAAAGGGGGAAAAAGAAAAAAGGAAAACAAAAUCAACACAAAAGAAAUAAAUCAUUCGCCAUGGAGCUAGCCUGCACCAUCUGCACCACUCCGCUCCCCAACCGCCCGGACCGGGGCGGCGUCGUCGUCUUCCCGUGCAACCACGCCCACUGCCUCGCCUGCCUGCGGCGCAACUACACCCUCUCCGCAGGCCCAGGCCCAGGCCCCGGCGACGGCCCAGGCGCGCGCGGGCCGUUCCGGCCGGUGCAGUGCUGCCCGGGGAGCCGGCUGCCGGUGGCGGCGCUCCGGCGGGCGCUGGGCCUGGGCUCGGCCGAGGUCGCCCGGUACCGCGCCCGCCUGGCCGAGCACGACGCGCCCCGCAAGCUGUACUGCCACGACCCCCGCUGCGGCCGCUUCAUCCCCGAGCUGCUGCGCGACGCCCGCGCCGGCCGCUGCCGCGCCUGCCACGCCCGCACCUGCGUCCGCUGCGGCGGGCGGGCGCACUUCGGUGCCGGCGGCGGCUGCGGUGAGGUGGAAAGUGAUUUUGUUGGUGGUGGUGGUGGUGGUAGCGGUUUCGGGAGAGGGAGAGCGAUCAGUGAGCUCGACAAGAGAAGUAAAAAGAAAAAAGAGGAGGAGGAGGAGGCGGAGAAGAGGUUCAGGAGGGUCGCCAGGGAGAUGGGGUGGUAAGUCUCUCUCGCCUUCUCUCUCUCUCUGUCUCUCUCUGACUCACGCCCCUCAUCCUCCUUCUCCUUCUUCCCAUUCCCCCCCUUUUUUUUCUUCAUUUUCUAUGUUUUCCAUCCUGCUUUCUUCGUCAUUCCUCUUGACUCCGCUUCACCUCCCUUUCCUCCAGUCCUUCCCCUUCUCUG